UCCCACUUCUCGCUCGCUUGCAGUUGCUUCGUGCGGACGGAGCGGCGUAAUUCAGGGUACCGUAAUUCCCCGUCUCCUUUGCGCGCGCCGGCGGAAAAAGUUCCCCAGACCUCCGGCUCCUGGGCGGCGGGACGUGGAGCUGGGAAAGCGCGCUCUGAGCAUCACUCGGGCAGGUUUGGCGGCACAGGCAGAAAGGCAGAUGAACCAAUGUCCCAAACACUAAGCAAGAGGUAGCAUCCAGAGGCGCGAGCCAAUCUCACAAAAUGCGAAGCACGUGAACAACUCCGCUGGGUUAAAGCCAACAUUAAGUACACACACGUAAAUGGAAGAUCUGGAGACACGCAAGGCACGUCGGAUAGAGCAGAUGGUAGCCAAAUGGCUGCGGCGGUCACGGGAUCAUGCAGCCAGGGGAAGAGCGUCAGUGGGUGACAGAACAUCGGACAGCGUUAAUCAGCAUCCAACUCGUGUGAAGCUCACAGUGGAGGUCCAAAAAGAUGUGCUACUUGGACAUUAUGGCUUUGAAGUUUCUCAGCAUCUUCCCCUUCUUAUCACCUCAGUUGCUACAGGCAGCACCGCUGACGGGAAGCUUUUGCCGGGGGAUCACAUCAUUGCAAUAAACAACAAAGCAGCUGAAGAGGACGUUACCGGGGAACAAGCAGCCGCUCUUUUAAGGGAAUCAGAAGACACUCUCCAGUUUACAGUUCUCCGAUGCACCUCGGUAAAUUGCCUUCAUGUACCACCGGGGUUUGAAAUGCUCCUUGGGGGGGUCAGGGCAAACGCGAAGGAAGUCCUUCUCCUUAAAGUGCUCUUUGUGAAGUUCCCAGAGGCAUCAGGAGAGCUGUUGCAGGAAAGAACGCUGGUCAAAAUGGACGCCUGA